AUACAUCAACAAAGAAAGAUGGCCGAAGUGAUAGAGCUGCAGAAGCUGAAGCUUGCUGAACUGAGGCAGGAGUGUGAGGCCCGAGGUCUGGACACCAAGGGAAACAAAGGAGAGCUCAUUGCCCGACUGCAAGCCUAUCUGGAGGAGCACGAGGAAGAUGUGGAUGUGGAUGAUGUACUGGCAGAGGAUACAGAGGACUUCCCUAAAGUUGAGAGUGCCAACAAUGUAAAAGUCCACAAGGAGUCUGAGCCUACUGAAGACGAGAAACAUCCUGAAAAGAAGGUGGUGAAGAUAACUCCUCCAUCAUCUGCUAGUGAAAGACUACAGAAGAGGGCUGAGCGCUUCAACCUGCCUGCAUCAGCUGAAAGCAAAAAGGCCAUACGUGCAGCGAGGUUUGGCUCACUGACCGAAGCUUCCAGUCCCUCUCCAGGUGUUGUUGCAAACAGUAAAGCCGCUGUGAACAUUGAUCAGCUGAAGAAGAGAGCAGAAAGAUUCGGCAUGAACGUUUCAUCCGUUUCACAGAAGAUUGAAGAGGAUGAAAAGCUGAAAAAGAGGAAGGAGAGGUUUGGGGCCUUAACAAGUGCAGGUUCAGCUGGUGCAGCUGAUAUUGAGGCGAAGAAACUGAAGCGUGCUGAAAGAUUUGGAAAUGUCUGAAUGAUGUUUUAGAGCCUGUCUUUUUUUUUGUUGUUAUUGUUGUUGUUUUCUUUUCUUUUUUUUUUUUGUAAAGCAUUUUCAUGACUGCACAAACGAUUCCAGAAGACAACUAACAGGAUUAACAUUUUGUGAUUUAAAAUAAAUUGUUUUCAACUUUUUGA